UUCCAAGCUGUGGUGCAGGAGGAACUCGUCAAUUACAGCCAGCGAAUGCAUCCUCAGUGGGUCACUGAUCUUCGGCCACUGCAAACCAACCAUGUCAAGGAGUAUCUUACAGAUGCACCUUAUCUCAUAUUGAUCUUCAAGCAGACCUACGGUCUUUUGAAUGAUGGAAGGCGAAAGAGACACUACUACAAUGAGAUAUCCACUUCAAUAUCGGCUGGAAUCCUCUUGUGCUCCCUUCAAGCUGCAGGGCUUUCGUCCCUGGUCACCACUCCUUUAAACUGCGGCCAUGCCUUGAGAUCUCUCCUUAAGCGACCCGUAAAUGAAAAAUUACUUAUUCUAUUGCCUGUUGGGUAUCCAAAAGAUGGCUGUACAGUACCGGAUUUGGAAAGAAAGAAUUUGUCAAAUAUUAUGGUUUCAUUUUAAGAUAUGUUUUUAAUAAUUACACAUCAGUUCAAUAAAGACAUAGAAAUAA